CGCUUCAUCUUUGCUAAUUUGAUUUCUCUCUCUCUUUGUCGUCUGUGUGUUCUUCUUCCGACCUUAACCCUAGAAACUCGCUUAUUUCGUCAAUCAUGCCGGGAUUACCACCGGCCUUAGCUGGUCAGAUUCGAUAUCUGCUGCUGAGUUUGAAUGGAUCGAACUCCGACGCCGUCUUUCAAGAUCUCCUUCAGUAUGUUGAGUAUGGAACGGAGGGAGGUGUACUGGUCCUUAUGUCGUUCCUGCAGUAUCUAAAUAUUUAUGAAAAAGUGUUGAAAAAAGAACCAUUGGAUCCAGUGUUCUGUUCAAUUUUUAAGCAUAUCUUAGAUAAGCCAAAUUUCAGUACAAUAUUGUGUACUUCACUAAGAGGUGAAGUGAUUAAUGAAGAUUUUCUUGAGAAUUUAACCAAGGCAAUAGGGUUGUCAACAUCAGAGAAAAUUGGAGUUGGUCUUGCUUUGUCUGAUUCAGGAAAUCUAGAUCAUCGACUAAGUGGAAAUAACUUAUGCAUUGCACAGAUUGGAGAGUUAUGUGCAGAGAAUAUGUCUCUUGGUUCAGCUGAGCAGAUCCAGAGCAUCUUUAUGUUCCUUCAACGAUCUGAGGGCCUUUCCAAGCAUUUAGACUCUUUUAUGCAGUUGCUGUCUCUGAUGCAGUUCAAGGAAGAUGACCAAUUUAUUUUGACUCCUUUAAUGCCACGUGAAUUGCCAAAGGGAAAGUUCUCAAGGAAUUUGGAUUUGUUUGAUGAAGAUCAUGAAAAUGAUUUUGACACUCUUUUAGCUGAAAUGGAGAAGGAGAUGAGCAUGUCUGAUAUCAUGAAGGAAUUGGGCUAUGGGUGCACCGUUAGUGUGUCACAGUGCAAGGAGAUGCUGUCUUUGUUCCUACCUUUGACCGAAGUUACUGUCUCCAGAAUACUUGGCACAAUCAUCUGCACAAAUACUGGACUUGAUGACCAUCAAAAUACAUUUCCUACAUUUUGUUCAGCACUUGGCAGUACAACAUCAUCUGAUCAGACAGUGUUGAACUCGUGGAAUAUUGAUGUUUUGAUUGAUUCAAUCCAGCAACUUGCUCCUAGAAUCAGCUGGUCCGCAGUUAUUGAAAACCUUGAUCAUGAAGGAUUUUGCAUUCCUAACGAGACAGCAUUUUCCUUCUUCAUGUCAAUUUAUAGGCGUGCAUGUCAGGACCCAUUCCCACUCCAUGCCAUUUGUGGAUCACUUUGGAGGAAUACAGAGGGACAACUAUCUUUCCUUAAGUAUGCUGUGGUUUCUCCACAUGAAUUAUUUACCUUUGCACAUAGUGGGAGACAAUUGGCAUAUGCAGAUGCUUUCCAGGGGCACAAACUUCCUCUAGGACCUACAAAUCAUGCUUGGAUAUGUCUUGAUCUGUUGCAAACUUUAUGCCAACUAGCUGAAGUGGGACAUGCUAAUGCUGUUCGGUCAAUUCUGAAGUUCCCUCUUGAACAAUGCCCUGAAGUUUUACUUCUUGGCAUGGCACACAUAAAUACCACAUACAAUCUUAUUCAGCAUGAGGUGUCUUCUGCAGUGUUACCAGUGAUACUUAAUCAUAGUGCAGGGGUUGGCAUGGUUUUCCAUCUGUGGCAUGUCAAUCCUUCCACUUUGUUGCGUGGAUUUGUAGAUGUUUACAGCAUUAAUCCAGACAACAUGAGUAGAAUUUUUGAUAUAUGCCAGGAGCUAAAGAUAAUAUCACUUGUGCUAGAUAUGGUUCCAUUCUCUUUUGGUAUCCGAUUGGCUGCUCUUGCUUCUCGUAAAGAUCUUCUUGAUAUGGAGAAAUGGAUCAAAUCUAAUGUAACCACAUAUACAGACCCUUUAUUUGAGGAAUGCAUAAGAUUCAUAAAGGAGCAGUUCAGCUCAUAUCAGGAUGUAUCUGCUGGAAACCCUCAUCAGUCUGUUUCUCUUAGUAACCUUUACUCCGAGGCAGCUUCUACCAUUUUCAAGGUCCUUCAAGAUCAAGUACCGUUGAAUGGCACGGACCUGCUAACCGAGGAAAUUGAAAUGUGGCUUACAUCUUCUACACAUUCUAGCUCACGCUUGAAGAACUCUGCACCCUCAGAUUUUUCAACUGCGGAUGGAUUUGCAGACGACAUUGAGAUAGAGGCUAACUCUUAUUUCCAUCAAAUGUUUUCUGGUCAAUUGACCAUUGAAGCAAUGAUCCAGAUGCUGGCACGAUUCAAAGAGUCUUCUGAGAAAAGGGAGCAAUCAAUUUUUGAUUGCAUGAUUGGCAAUCUAUUUGAAGAAUACAAAUUUUUUCCAAAGUACCCUGAUAGACAACUCAAAAUUGCUGCAGUCCUCUUUGGUUCUCUCAUCAAACAUCAGCUUGUAUCUCAUCUCACACUUGGCAUAGCGCUCCGUGCUGUUUUGGAUGCAUUGCGUAAACCUGGUGAAUCAAAAAUGUGUAUUUUUGGAACCAAAGCUUUGGAACAGUUUGUAGAUCGUUUAAUUGAGUGGCCUCAGUAUUGCAAUCAUAUUUUACAAAUUUCUCAUCUGCGUGCUAGUCAUUCUGAGCUUGUUGCAUUUAUUGAAAGAGCACUUGCUAGGAUUUCUUCUGGCAAUGCAGACUCUGGAGGAGUGAAUGCAUCUGAUCAACAUGGUUCUUUUCAUUCAACUGCCGCCACUGCAGAGAUGCCAAGUUCGUCUUUCCGAUUAAUUGGAUCUGCAAGCACACAAUCUUCAUUGCAAAUCUCUUCUGCCCUGCAACUUCAACAAAGAGAUAUAAUCCCUCUCGAAGAGAGUCAAAAACUUUCCCUGGCUUCCUCGAAUUUUAAGUCUCUCAUACCUCCUCCUGGCCAACCUUCACCUUUGCCUCCCAGUGAUGCUACCACUCAGAAGAAUACAACUACUGCUGCCACUAUAGUGCCUUCAUCAGUUGGAUUUACACGUCCCUCUCGAGCAAUUGCCUCAGCAAGAUUUGGAUCUGCCUUGAACAUUGAAACGCUUGUUGCUGCAGCAGAGAGAAGGGAAACUCCUUUAGAGGCUCCAGCAUCAGAAGUUCAGGAUAAAAUUUCAUUUAUUAUCAAUAAUUUGUCUGUAGCAAAUUUUGAAUCAAAAGCGAAGGAGUUUACUGAAUUUUUGAAAGAUCAAUAUUAUCCUUGGUUUGCCCAAUACAUGGUUAUGAAGAGGGCAAGUAUCGAGCCCAAUUUUCAUGACUUGUACUUAAAGUUCCUGGAGAAAGUGAGCUCACCCUCUUUGAACAAAGAGAUUCUUCAGGCUACAUAUGAAAACUGCAAGGUUCUAUUGGGCUCAGAACUUAUAAAAUCCAGUUCGGAAGAGCGAUCCUUAUUAAAGAAUCUUGGAAGUUGGCUUGGAAAAUUCACAAUUGGAAGGAAUAAGGCCCUGAGGGCAUGCCAUAUUGAUCCAAAGUCUUUGAUCAUUGAGGCAUAUGAGAAAGGUUUGAUGAUUGCAGUUAUACCAUUCACCUCCAAGGUUCUUGAACCAUGUCAAAACAGUGCAGCCUAUCAGCCCCCCAAUCCAUAUACUAUGGGUAUUCUUAAGUUACUUGCUGAGAUUUAUGCUAUGCCUAAUCUGAAAAUGAAUCUGAAGUUUGACAUUGAGGUGUUGUUCAAGAAUCUUAGUGUGGAUCUGAAGGGGGUGACUCCUACCUCUCUUCUCAAGGACAUAGUUAGGCAAAUUGAGGGGAAUCCUGACUUCUCUACCAAAGAUGUUGUAGCUCCACCACAAUCGAUUGUGAGUGAAGUCAAAUCUAAUGCUGUCUCUGCCUUGAAUCAAGUUGAGCUACCUCUUGAGGUAGCAACGCCAGCUCACCCUGGUGGGCACUCUCACAUGCUAUCUCAGUUUGCUGCUCCUCCCCUCCAUCUUACUGCUGGUGCUUUGAUCGAGGAUGAAAAGAUGGCAGCAUUAGGUUUGUCUGAUCAGCUGUCAUCUGCUCAAGGACUAGUACCACGUCAAUCAUCAUUUUCAGUUAAUCAGCUUUCUACGCCAGCAUCUAAUAUUGAGCAGCAAGUCAUCGUCAACCCAAAGCUUCAUACCCUUGGACUUUAUUUACAUUUCCAGAGUGUUGUUCCGCUCGCUAUGGAUAGAGCUAUAAAGGAGAUAGUAUCUGGUAUCGUGCAGCGUAGUGUCUCCAUAGCCACUCAGACAACCAAAGAACUUGUUCUUAAGGAUUACGCAAUGGAAUAUGAUGAAAAUAGAAUACGUAGUGCAGCUCAUCUAAUGGUUGCUAGUCUUGCUGGCAGUUUAGCUCAUGUGACCUGCAAGGAGCCUCUACGUGGUUCAAUAUCAAGUCAGCUGAGGAGUACACUUCAGGGUUCAAGUAUCGGAAAUGAACUUCUUGAGCAAGCUGUACAGCUUGUUACUAAUGAUAAUCUCGACCUUGGAUGUGCUUUGAUCGAACAGGCAGCCACAGAGAAGGCAAUUCAAACCAUUGAUGGGGAAAUAGCUCAACAGCUUUCUAUUAGAAGGAAGCAUAGAGAUGGUGUUGGUCCUGCAUUUUAUGAUUCUGGUCUUUAUACUCAAGGUCAUACAGGUGGUUUGCCUGAAGCUCUCCGCCCUAAACCUGGCCGCUUGUCCCAUUCUCAACAGCGGGUUUAUGAGGACUUUGUGAAGCUACCGUGGCAGAACCAGUCAUCCCAUAACUCUAAUACCCUACCAGUUGGUUCUUCAGCACCAUCUAGCAGUGCUUCCAUGUCCAAGUUAUACAGUUCCGUAUCAGGACAACUAAAUCCAGGAAUUUACUCAUCUGGCCUGGGUAACUCUGGAGUUAGUUCACUUGUGCAGCCUCUAGAUAUUACCUCUGAGGAGAUGGACUCCAGUGCAGUUCAGCUGCAUAGUGUUGCUAAUAUUGUAUCCACCGAUGGAGUUAAUCAGAGUGAUUUUGAUGGUGAUUCUGUCGUUGCUUCUUUCCCUUCAGCAUCAGCUGCUGAAUUGCAUCCUAUUGAACCUCCCAUCAUUGCGAAAGACUCCGGAGCUCCUUUACAGAUUUUGUCAUCAACUACUGCAUCUGACCGUGUUGUGAGCAGCUCCUCGGAACAGCUGUUGACUACUGGCGAUGCAUUGGAGAAGUACCAAAUUAUCUCAGAGAAGCUUGAAGAUAUGGUGGCUAAUGAUGCUACAGAAGCAGAAACUCAGGGUAUAAUUGGCGAGGUUCCUGGAAUUAUUCUCAGAUGUGUUAGCCGAGAUGAAGCUGCAUUGGCUGUGGCGCAGAAGGUUUUCAAGGGUCUGUAUGAAAAUGCAUCUAAUAGUGCCCAUGUUGCUGCUCAUCUAGCCAUUCUUGCUGCCAUUCGUGAUGUCAGCAAGCUUGUGGUUAAGGAGCUCACUAGUUGGGUGAUAUAUUCUGACGAGGACAGGAAAUUGAACAAGGACAUAACUGUGGGACUUAUUCGCAGCGAGCUACUGAACCUUGCGGAGUAUAAUCUCCAUAUGGCUAAGCUUCUUGAUGCGGGAAGGAAUAAGGCCGCUACCGAAUUUGCAAUUUCUCUUAUCCAGACACUGGUGCAUAGUGAUCCUAGAAUUAUUUCUGAACUUCAUAACCUUGUUGAUGCCUUGGCUAAGCUUGCGGCCAGACCUGGAUCUCCUGAAUCUCUACAGCAGCUGGUUGAGGUAGCUAGAAACCCUUCUCCAAAUGCUCCUGCUAUUUCUGCCUUCGGAAAGGAGGACAAUGGCAGACAGAUGCCUAGAGAUAAAAAGGCACUAGUGCAUAUCGUAGCAAACAGAGAAGAUUACAGUGUUACAGAAUUGUCUGAACCCGACCCUGCUGGUUUUCGUGAUCAGGCUUCUAUGUUCUUUGCUGAGUGGUACAAGAUAUGCGAGCUUCCGGUUGUAAAUGACGCAGUAUCUUCACAUUAUGUUUUGCAAUUACAUCAAAGUGGACUUCUUAAGGGAGAUGACAUGUCUGAUCGAUUUUUUCGCUGUCUCACGGAGAUCUCGGUAUCACAUUGUUUAUCUUCUUCUGAAACAAUGAGCUCUGCUCCACUGCAAUCCCAGCAAGUCCAACCACUUUCGUUCCUUGCAAUUGAUAUAUAUGCAAAACUCGUGUUCUCUAUUCUUAAGUUUUGCCCUGUGGACCAGGGAUCAAAUAAUAAACUCUAUCUUCUUCCAAAGAUCCUCUUAGUGACGGUGAGGAUUAUUCAUAAGGAUGCUGAGGAGAAGAAAUCAUCUUUCAAUCCGAGACCAUAUUUUAGAUUGUUUAUCAAUUGGCUGCUAGAUUUAAGUUCAAUGGAGCCUGUAUUUGAUGGUGCAAAUCUUCAGGUCUUGACUGCUUUUGCAAACACUUUCCAUGCACUCCAACCCCUUAAAGUUCCUGGGUUCAGUUUUGCAUGGCUUGAACUUAUCAGUCAGAGAAGCUUUUUGCCGAAGUUACUCACUGGAAAUUCCCAGAAGGGGUGGCCUUACAUGCAACGUUUGCUGGUUGAUUUGUUUCAGUUCCUAGAGCCAUUUCUAAGGACUGCCGAGCUUGGAGAUCCGGUACAUGUUCUGUAUAAAGGAACUUUGAGGGUAUUGCUAGUUCUCCUCCAUGAUUACCCAGAAUUUCUCUGCGAUUAUCACUUUAGCUUCUGUGAUGUAAUCCCUUCAAGCUGCAUUCAAAUGCGGAAUAUAAUCUUAAGUGCAUUUCCACGCAAUAUGAGGCUACCUGAUCCUUCUACUCCAAACUUAAAGAUUGAUUUACUUGCAGAAAUCAGUCAAUCUCCCAGAAUUCUUUCAGAAGUUGACGCCGCUCUUAAGGCAAAGCAAAUGAAGUCCGAAGUAGAUGAAUAUCUGAAGAUAAGGCAACAAGGCUCCACAUUUCUAUCUGAUCUAAAGCAGAAACUUCUUCUCCCUCCAAACGAAGCCCUUCGAUCAGGGACCCGCUACAAUAUACCCCUUAUCAAUUCCCUUGUUCUUUAUGUUGGCAUGCAGGCUAUACAACAGUUGCAGGCGAGGACUCCACCUCAUACACAGGCAAUACCUAGUAGUGCUCCUCUUGCAGUUUUCUUAGUUGGUGCUGCUUUAGACAUAUUCCAGAUGUUGAUGAUGGAUUUGGAUACUGAAGGCAGAUAUUUAUUUCUUAACGUCGUUGCUAACCAACUUCGAUAUCCCAACAAUCACACCCAUUACUUCUCCUUCAUUCUUCUCUACUUGUUCAAUGAAUCAAACCAGGAAAUUAUUCAGGAGCAAAUCACGAGAGUAUUAUUGGAACGUCUGAUUGUUAACCGUCCACAUCCAUGGGGGCUUUUGAUUACAUUUAUAGAGCUGAUCAAGAAUCCGCGAUACAACUUUUGGAGUAAAUCUUUCACGAGGUGUGCACCUGAGAUUGAGAAACUUUUUGAAUCGGUUUCUAGAUCGUGUGGUGGUCCUAAACCCGUAGAUGAUAGUUUAGUUGCGAGUGGAAUAUCCGAUCCAAUGCAUUAAGUUACAAAACUCUUGAUUUAUUUAUAUAUAUUUAUAUUGUACUGUAAUGUAAUGGUAUUUAUUAUUUUAGAAAGAUUUUUGCCAAAUGUAAAAAACAUGUAGUAUUAUUUAUAUUUACUACAUUUGUUUUGUAUCAUUGCAUAAUGACUGGUACUUGCUUAUUGACUGCAUUAUUGAUGUUUAAAUACACUUUCAGUAUA